AUGUCAGCUCUUAAUGAGAAACGAUUAAAGUCGGAAGAAUUGAAUCAAGAUCCUGUCGUGGAUUUAGACAUCAAACAAGGCCCAUCUAGACCUUAUGUUUCUUCUGAACCUCCAGAAAAAUUAAGCAAGUUGCGUACCGUUCACACCAAAAAUGAAAGAUUGUUGGUUGCUACCCUAGCUAUUAUCACCGGUGCAGUUAGACUUUACAAUUUGUCGUGGCCAAAUAGUGUCAUCUUUGAUGAAGUGCAUUUUGGUAAAUUUGCAUCUUAUUACAUUAGAAACAACUUUUUCAUGGAUGUGCAUCCACCUUUGGCCAAGAUGAUGUUUGCAUGGAUUGCAUCAUUGGUUGGUUUUGAAGGUGAUUUCGAUUUCGAUACCAUUGGUAAAGCUAUCCCAGCAAACGCUCCCUAUGUUUUGAUGAGAUCUUUGGCUGCUACUUCCGGUGCUCUUACAGUGAUUAUGCUUUAUUUCACUUUGAGAGCCUCGGGUGUUAGAGUUUGGAUUGCAUUUGCAAGUGCAUUGUGCUUUGCACUCGAAAAUUCUUAUGUGACUAUUUCCCGUUACAUUUUGUUGGAUGCGCCAUUGAUUUUCUUCAUCUCUGCUUCUGUCUACUGCUUCAAGCGUUAUGAAUUGUACCCAAGCGGAACUUGUCAAUCGUUGAAAUAUUUAGUGGCUACCGGUAUUUGUCUAGGUUUGGCAUCUUCUGCCAAAUGGGUUGGUUUAUUCACAGUAGCAUGGGUUGGUGUUUUGUGUCUAUGGAGACUUUGGUUCUUCAUUGGUGAUCUAUCCAAACCAGUUUGUUCUACUUUCAAAAUUGCUGCCGCCAAGGGUUCUAUCCUUUUAGGUAUCCCAGUCCUGCUUUACACUUUCUUCUUCUACCUACAUUUCCAGACUUUGGAUAAGGAUGGUGAAGGCGCUGGUUUUUUCUCUCCAGAAUUUAGAACAUCUUUGAAAGGUAACACUAUUCCACAAAAUGUCAUGGCAGAAGUGGGUACUGGCUCCAUAAUCACUCUUCGCCAUACAGGUACCAUGGGUGGCUACUUACACUCCCAUCCUCACGAUUUCCCAGCCGGAUCUCAACAACAACAAAUCACUUUGUAUCCUCAUUUGGAUGCUAACAACGAAUGGUACGUGAUGCUUUACGAUCAACCAAACAGCACAGUGACAUCUUUUGAAAACUUGACCGAUGGUACUAAAAUUAGACUAUUGCAUCCAUUGACCUCCCGUAGAUUACACUCUCAUGACCAUAAGCCACCCGUCUCUGAGAAUAGUGAUUGGCAGAAGGAAGUCUCCUGUUAUGGUUUCGAAGGUUUUGACGGUGAUGCUAACGACGAUUGGGUCAUUGAAAUCGAUAAGGAAGCAUCUGCCCCUGGUCCUGCUCAAGAACGUGUUAGGGCUUUGGAAACUAAAUUCCGUUUAAGACAUGCCAUGAUGAACUGCUAUUUGUUCUCUCAUGAAAUUAAAUUGCCAAAAUGGGGGUACGAUCAACAGGAAGUUACCUGUGCUUACUCUGGUUUGCCAUCUUUGACCCUAUGGGCUGUGGAACAAAGUUAUAAUGAAUUCUUACCGGAAGACACUGAAAUAAUCUCUUACAAACCAUCUUCAUUCUGGCAAAAGUUAGUCGAGUACCAUGAAAAGAUGUGGCACAUCAAUAACAAUUUGGUUGAUUCUCAUGUUUACGAAUCUAUGCCAAGUUCUUGGCCAUUCCUAAUGCGUGGUAUUGGUUACUGGUCUCAACAUUACAGACAUGUCUACCUAUUAGGUAAUGCCAUCCUAUGGUGGUCUGUGACUGCCUUUAUCUUCAUCUUUGGUCUAGUGGCUGUUGCUGAAUUGGUCGCUUGGCAAUUGGGUAAGCCUAUCUUGCAAGACAGCCGUUUGGUCAAUUUCCAUAUUCAAGUGAUUCAGUACUUGUUGGGUUACGCCAUCCAUUUGGCACCAUCUUUCUUGAUGCAACGUCAAAUGUUUUUGCAUCACUACUUGCCUGCUUACUAUUUUGGUAUUUUGGCGUUCGGCCAUGCUUUGGACAUUUUGGUCACUUACGUCUUCAGAAGACAAAGAACCGUUGGUUACAUUAUCGUUGGUGCCUUUGUCCUCUCAUGCCUAUAUUUCUUCAAGAACUACUCUCCAAUCAUUUAUGGUUUGCCAUGGACUAAACAACUUUGUGAAAAAUCACAAUGGCUAUCCGGAUGGGAUUACUCUUGUGCUAAUUAUUUGAACACUUAUGAGGAGUAUUCCACAGUAGACCUCAAUGAGGGUUUGAUACCAGAAGCUACCGCAGCUCUCUAA